ACAGUUUAAAUUAACUGCCCUGCCCCCAUGUCAAUGGUAGAAAAAAAAACAUUGAGAAAAAAAAAGAACCUCUAUCUGAUCAUCACAGGGAUGCUAAAAACUCAACUUUCCUUGGCUGGACAACAAUACAGGCAUGAAAUAAGCUCUGCCCAGGUGUUCUGACUGAGACAUCAUGGCUUGUGCAGACAUCCCCAUGGACAUCCAGCAACCCGAUGAGGCGGAUCACGACUACGAGGACAACGCGGACGACAAACGAAAACCGCUGAUCAAAUAUUAUCAACCUACUGAGCUGAUGCCUCCCCGAAAAGGACCUCUCCAUGACCUGUUACUGAAGCAACCUGCCGUGUUAGGGUCUCUGCAGAUGGUUAGCGGGUUAUUAAGUGUUGGACUAGGAUUUCUGUUUGCUACAACACACGAACCGACCCAUUCCCUUUUGACUUUGCUCAGGGUUGCCCCCGUCACUGGAAUACUAUUCUUCAUUGCUGGACUGUUAUCCAACCUGUUGUUCAAAUACCCGGGAUUGUUACCAGUCUGCCUGUUGGUCAACAUUGGCUCCAUGGUCGGAGCAUUCAUUGGAGGAGUUCUCAUAGUGGUUGACUUGGCCUUCUGGAAUCCUGCGGUUGAAGCUCAUUUGAAGUUGGAGAUACUGGUGCUGUGUGUGUUACUAGAAGAAGUGGCCGCCUCUGCUAUCCUCUCCUUCUGGAUUCACAAAAAGAAGCCAAUUCAUAAGCUGUGAACUGUUAGGUUUUAGCUUAGCUCUGGUCAGGGAUAUUAGAGCGUCUUGCUUAGCUUACUUGUUAAAAGAAGGAUUAGCAUAAUUUGCUAAUUGUGCAACACCCUGGACCUUGACACACACAUGUUUUUCCGCUCCCACUGUAAUAUUACAAGCUUUAUUCUCAAAUGUAUUAAAUUGAUUUCAUCAAUCUACACUCCAUACCCCAUGAUGACCAAAUGAAAAAGGUUUAGAUAUUUUUGCGAAUGUAUUAAAAAACCGAAAAAAAAUGUUUAGACCAUUUCACUGAGUUCUUUGUUGAAGCACCUUUGGCAGUGAUUACAGCCUUGAGUCUUCUUGGGCAUGAUGCUAGAAGCACGGUACACCAGACCUGGACUCCAAUCAAAUUGUAAAAACAUCUCAAGGAUGACCAGUGGAAACAGGAUGCAACUGAGCUCCAAUUUGAGCAUCACAGCAGAGGCUCUGAUUACUUAUGUAAGUGUGAUAUAUAAUAUUUUUCAUAAAUUUGCAAAUAAUUCUAAAAACCUGUUUUUGCUUUGUCAUCAUGGGGUAUUGUGUGUAGAUUGAUGAGGAAUCUAUUACUGUUUUUCUCAAACACUUUAGCUCAAUUGUCGAAUGAGAAAUAUUUAUUUUCAAAACAAUAAGUUCAAAUCUCUGAACAGUUAGUUUCUUGCUCCCACCAGAAUAGAAUGUUUUGGCACAUUGCUGUGCAGUAAGAGUAAAAUUUUCUCCAAUUUGCACAAUGCCUAUAUGCACAUGGCUUGCUGAUCAAAUGGCAAACUGAUGAGUUGAUUCUCAGUGAAAUUGUCAUACUCUUCACAACUUCUAAACAUUCUUUCAUUGUUUGAGCUAUCACUUGCAAAAUGAUCCAUUCAGUUAUCAAUAUUUGAUAUAUAAAUAUCUACAGUUAGGUCCAGAAAUAUUUGGAUGCUGACACAAGUUUUGUUAUUCUGGCUGUAUACCUACAUAUAUUCAAGUUAAGGUGUUACAGUUAAAGAAUGAAUAUGGACUUAAAGUGCAGUCUCUCAGCUUUAAUUUGAGGGUAUUCACAUCCAAAUUGGAGGAAGGGUUUAGGAAUUAUAGAAAUACUGCUUUUUAACUUUAGGUUGCCUGCUGAGUGUAAACUGUUGAAAUCAGAAUGAGGACAAAAGGCAAGUUUUAAGAGUUAAUUUGCAUGUGCAAAGAUCAAGGAGUUUCCAGAAAUGUCAAGAGCUGACAUCUUACGACUGGUUAAAAUCUUUUCAUAUUAUGACUUCUCUAUACUAGCCUUUUACUUGUCAUCAUUACAAAAUGUUUUACUUGUAUUGACAUACCCUGAAACAGGCCUUUUCAUGCAGUGUUAAUAUGCAGCCUCCUCUUUUUCAAGGGAACAAAUGUAAUUGGACAAUUAACUCAAAAGCUGUUUCAUGGACAUGUGUGGGCUAUUC